AUGUUAGAAUAUAUUUUUAACGAUCGACUUUUCGUCACUUAUACAUGUCCAUAUGUAUGGUUUAUUAGUGCAAGCUUAGUAUUCGUCUUAGAAACAAUUAUCGGCAUUAGAGCACCAUAUGGACGAUAUAAUACGAAUAACAGUGGAGUUCCCGUUCGACUGGCAUGGUUUAUUCAAGAAUGUCCGUGUGUCUUCGUCACAUGUUAUCUUCUAUAUACAAAUUGGUCAUCGGUAUCAUUUACAAAGUUCUUCAUACUAGGAUUAUUUCUUAUACAUUAUUUUCAACGUGUUUUCAUCUAUCCAAUGUUGAUUCGUGGUGGAAAACACAGUCCGUAUUUUACAACUAUCUUAGCAUUUAUUUUUUGCGCUUUGAACUCCUAUGCGAUUGGUAAAGAGCUCUUGGCUUAUCAUACUUACCCGAAGAAUUAUUUAUUUUCGUUACGUGCUCUUGCUGGCACAAUUCUGUUUUUCACUGGCUUUAUUCUUAACCUACAAUCGGAUGCGAUCUUGAGAAAUCUACGUAAAGACGAUAAUGAUCGCGGUUAUAAGAUUCCACGAGGAGGCUUAUUUGAAUAUGUUUCGGGUGCGAAUUUCUUAGCUGAAUCACUUGAAUGGACAGGUUUUGCUAUUUGUGCAUGGACGUUGCCUGCAUUAGCAUUUGCCGUAUUCACAUGGAUUAAUACAGCAUUUGGUCGUGGAAUCCACCAUCAUCAAUUUUAUCUUGAAAAAUUCAAAGAUGAAUAUCCAAAGAAUCGAAAAGCCAUCAUUCCGUUUAUUUUGUAA